AUGGAAAUGCUUUUGCAGAAGGAAAAACAACUGGAAGUUGCGGCUAAAAUUGGAAUCGAACUGCUUCAGCUCAACGACAAUCUUCGAGCCAGGAAUGAAUUUUUGGAAAGCGCACUGCAUGCUUCCACCGAUUCGAUUGUGCAAUUACGGCAUGAGCUGCAGUUGCGUUCCAAUCUACUGCAUAUCUGUGCCGAUUAUGACAACGAUUCGGAAGCUCCCACAUCCAGGCAUGCUUCUGCUGUCACUAAUUUUUAUAAAGCGCAAACAACUUGUGGCUUCUUAACAUCAACAAAAAAUUUGAAGAAGUCUUUCGUAGAGCAGGAGGAGAGGGAACGCUCAAACAUCGAUGAAUGGAUGAAACAGCUCGAUGCUGCAAAUGAAAAGGUAGACAGUUUACAGCGAAAGCUUAAAGAGAAAAGCGAUGAAUGUGCGACGCAAAACGUCGAGGUGGACCGUCUCCUCAGAGAAGUCACCCUUCGUAACAGUCGUGAAAAAACUUUAGUUAUUGAUAACGCCGAUCUUCAUGAUCAGUUGCAAAGAGCUGCGAUAGUGCAUGAGGAGCUGGAAUUGCAAAUGAUGGAGCUGCAGGAGCGGUACACAGAGGUGGUCUGCUCGUUACGUGAUGCCGAAGAAGAGCUUGGAACAUAUCGGCAAAAACAAUCCGCAUACAGGUCGCGUUUUUGGUUUUACUACAUUUGCGUUUAAUC